CAUCUAUCUGUAAUACUUUGUGGUUAUGAUUAGAAAUAACGUCAAACCCCGUAGACUUCGCUUAUCACAUUUCUAAACAAUUCUGUUUUUGUAAACAAUUUUUGUAAAUGUUUAAAUAAAAAUACUAAAAAGAAGAAUUUUACAAAAAUGAAAUACGACAUCACCUCCGAUGCUUGUCGGAUUUGUUUAAGAAAAAGUUCCUCUUGUCGUUCGAUUUUCAAGCCUCGGGAUGGAGAUAUAGCACCAAAUAUUAAAUUAAAUUUAAUAACUGGAGUGAAUGUGCCAGAAAAAGAUGAAAUACCAGGAUUACCACAAUGCAUUUGCAAACAAUGUGAAAUUUCAGUAAACAUGGCAUUUAAUCUACGUAAAAGAGCACGUAGAUCUGAUCAGAUUUUGAGCGUUUACUGCAACAAAAUGAAUAAAGACAACAUAAUUGUUGAAUUAGCUGAUGGCCGUAAAUUCAAAUUAUCCAAGGAAUUAACAUUGAAAGUUAUUCGGGGUAAUAAACCGCCCACACUUCCACAGGCCAAACACAAGUCACAGGUACAUUUUGAGCAAAUUCAUUUAGAUGAAUACAACGACAAUGAUGACGACAUUGAUAACGAUAACGACGACGACAUGGAUGAUAAUGUCAAUGAUGACGAAGACGAUGAUAACGACUCUAACGAUGAAGAAGACAUACAAAGUAUUUCAGGUUCAGAUGGAAAUAUUGAUGAUAAUGAUAUUGAAAACGACGAAGAUGCUCCUUUCGAAAAUGAUAGGGUCAAUCAAGAUGAUUUCAAGGAAGAAUCAAGUGAUAAUGAUAUUGCUGAAAUAAUAUGUACAACUGAAGUUGAACUGGAAAAUGAUAUUAAGCCAACUUACAAUGGAGAAGAAAUAGCUAAUAAAAUUAAAGCAUCAAAUCAAUAUGAACUUUUGUCCUGGAAGCAAGAAGAUGAUUUAAAUGCUAUACCUACUUUUAAACUUCGGUUAAAAGAGCCAGAGGAAAAGGCUGUUUCAAAAGAUUUUAUCUGUGACAUUUGUGGUAAUACCUACAGUCAAAGGCAUAGACUGAUGGAGCAUAUGCGACGUCAUAAUCCGGAAAAAAUAUUCGCAUGCGAGAUCUGUGGAAAACGGUUUGCAGUUUCUGAAGGACUGCGCAGACAUGUUUUAACACAUGGGGCUCAGAAACCUUUCAAAUGUAAUUUCUGCACUCGUUGUUUUUAUACACCAAGCGCUAGAAAAGCUCACGAAAAAGUUCACAGCGGGGCUAAACCAUUUGUUUGUAAUAUUUGCACCAAAGCCUUUGCCUACACAUGCUCACUGCGCAAACAUUUGCUUAUUCAUGAAAAUAAAAAGCUUUAUCGUUGUGAAUACUGUGACAAAGAGUUUCGACUACAACAUCAUAUGAAACAGCAUGAAGAAACACAAAUUCAUAAAGACGCUGUAGCGGAGUGUACUAGAACUAAAAGUUCAGAAGAGUUUAAACUUGAGUUUUAAUCCUGGUUCAGUAAACGUUAUUCUUUUGUAAAAUAUGUUUCAUGUUGUUUUUCUUCUUCUAAAUAAAAAAAUAUUAAUAAAAAGUAAAAUUAAUAUACGAA